AUGGACGUACCCACAACCUCCACGGAAAGCACAACAGACCCUACGACUACGACUCACGAAAAGACCAACGAGGAAAUACUGCAUGAUGUUGCCACUACAUUUUGGUUAAUAUUUAUUUUCUAUGUGUUCGCUUCAGUCGCCUGGAUAGCUUACUGUAUUAUAUCGUAUAGAAGAGACUUAGAAAAACUUAAAGUCACCGCUGAGAAAAAUGGUAUAGCUCGAUAUUUAGAGUUAAGGAGGCUGCUUAAAGCUUAUGACAGUGUCGAUAUUGAAAACCUUCGAUGUAGUGUAGACGAUGAAAGUGUCACAGAAGUCUCCUGA